AUGAGCAAACAGUCGACCCCUUAUCCUCCCACCAUGCGUGCCAUCGUCGUCUCCAACUUCGGCCCCGUGGAAACAUCUCUCAAAAUGCACACACUUGUCCCUACCCCCUCUCCCGCACCAGGCCACGCAAUCAUCAAAAUCAAAGCAUUCGGCGUAAACCAUGCGGAGAUGCACAUGCGGCGCGGGGAAUGGGCGGAGAGCAUGCCUAUUAUCGGCAUCGAGUGUGUCGGCGUCGUCGUCUCUUCCGAAGGGGAUGCGCUGAGGCCCGGCACCCCAGUAGCCACCCUUAUGGGCGGACUGGGCCGGACCAUCAACGGCAGCUACGCCGAAUACACCUCCGCCCGGCUGGAGAACAUCGUCCCCCUCCCGCAUGACGUUGUCGGUAGCCUCGGAUGGGCACGACUAGCCGCGCUUCCGGAGACAUACGCAACAGCGUGGACAUGUCUCUUCCGGAAUCUCGACCUGCAGGCGGGAGAGACACUCCUUGUGCGUGGCGCGUCGAGUGCGUUUGGCCGGGCGGCAAUCGCCCUGGCGCGGGAGAAGGGCGCUGUGGUCAUGGGGACGGCCCGUUCCUUAUCGCGAUCCCAAAAUCUCCUCGCAAGCGGUGUGCAAGAGGUCCUCCUCGAGCCACUUGUGGCCACUGGCACGCAAGGCAAAUUUGACAAGAUUUUGGACCUUGUCGGCAACUCCACCGUCCUCAGCUCGGUCCACUUGGCGCGCCGCGACGGGCGGGUGUGUCUUGCGGGCUGGCUCGGUGGGCUCGAUAGUGUCGAGUUCAACCCGCUGCUGCAGAAGAUGAGCAGCGGCGUACAUCUGUCGUUCUUUGCAAGCUUUGCUUUUGGCGAGGAGGGCUUCCCGCUGAGCGACGUGCCGUUGACGACGAUUGCGCGGCUGGCGGCGGAGGGAAAGUUGGAUGGGGCAGCGCCGAAGCGCACUUGGAGGUUUUCAGAAGAAGAGGUACAGGAGGCGCAUCGCGUUAUGGAAAGGGGGGAGGCAGGCGGAAAGAUGGUCGUCGUUGUAGAUGAAGAAUUGCAGUAA